AUAUAAAAUAGUUGGAAUCUUUUCACAGAUCAUAUCAUCGUCGGCUUGUCUUUGCAUCUGUACGGAAAUAUUUUUUCUCAAAAUGACCAAAUUCGCCGUUUUUGUUGUCCUCGCUGCUUUCAUCUGUGCUUCUAGCGUACACGUGUUUGCACAAGAAUUUAACAACGCUUUCCCGGACUCGGAAAAGCAAUGGACACCAGAUUUCCCAACAAUGAAACCGUUAGAUGCCCAAGACAUCAUAAACUUACGUCCUGACGACAACAACACUAAGGUCGAAGGCGAGUCCCACAAAUCUUCGAGCAGUAUGAAAGUCGUAAAUGGAAAAGUAGUUGAAGAUACAGCAGAAACACAAGAUAUCGUCAACAAAAACGGGAAUGUUACGGAAACUGAGACCAGUAACUAAUAAAAACAAGGCUGACGUGCGCUAUUUAAACAGGAGAUUCCACAAGUGCUAUGAAUAGAUUAAUAUUAUGAA